AUGAAUUAAUUUAAUCAGAAUAUAUUAUUUGCUUUUUGGCAAUCUACUCCAAUAGUAAAUAAGCUUUUUAUCAUAAUUGCUGCAAUAUUUUGGGUUAUGGAACUUUUCCUAGGAGAUCAAUUAAAAUUUUAGCCAAUAUCGUUGUAAUAUGUUUUUAUUUGGUAAUUAGUAACAUCAGCAUUAGUAUAAGGUAUUUUAAAUUAAAUAUUUAGGUUCAUUUUUUUCAAUUAUAUUUAAUUUAUGUUGUUUGCCUGAUCUCAAUAAUGCUGAAAGAAGAUUAGGAAGUAUUUUGUAUUUGUUAGAAUUUAUGAUAAAAAACAGCAUAGGAAUGGUAUUUUAUAAUUAAAAUAUAGGCAUUUAUCUUUUUAAUAGUCAGGUUAUAUUGUUUAUUUUAAUAUGAUGAUGUGAUGAUGUAUUCAAAUCAUUUUGGCUUUUGGAAUGUUGCAAUAUAUUUUAUAGCAUCUAAGUGAUUAAUUAUGAUAUUUUAGAGCUCUUAAAAAACCUAAUGAAGAAACUGAAGUGUUAUUCUUUCCUUUAGUAAUGAAAGCUAGAUACUACCUUAUAUGUCUACUAAUAUUGUUAUAAUUAUUUACCUAAACUCGAAUAAGUGUGUUAUUUUUUGCGCUAGUUGCUUUACUUGAGUUUAUAAUAUACAAGGGUCCUUUGUUUAGAUUACCUAAGAGAUUUAUUGAAUCAAUUGAGAAAAAAGCAUUUCUUUAAAAAUACAUUUCAAGAUAAGAUUUCAUUCCUAUAGAUCAAGCGUAUGAUUUAGUAUUUUCUGGGACUUAAAAAAUUGAAUUUUAAAUAGAAAAUUAUAAUAAAGACAUGGAACUAUCUCCUGCUGGGUAAUUUAAAUGUUUAAAUAUUUAAGAUAAAUGAGUAGCUAAUAAGAAAAGGUCCCAACUGAAGAUGAUAGUUUGCAAAUAAAAUGAAUUAAUUCUAAAAAUUAUUUAUCUACC